AUGAAUGCAAAAGCGUCCAUGGGUAUGGAUAUUUCAAUUAUAGAUUUAAUGAACAUAGAAAUGUUUGCGGAGCGUGUUGUUAAAUUAUCUUAAUAUCGUGAGAAAUUGUCUACGUACUUGCGCAACAAAAUGACUUCUGUAGCUCCUAAUUUGCAAUCGUUUAUUGGUGACCAAGUGGGUGCACGUUUAAUAUCGCACGCUGGUAGUUUGACAAAUUUGGCUAAGUAUCCCGCCUCCACGGUACAAAUUCUGGGAGCUGAAAAGGCUUUAUUCCGAGCUCUUAAAACACGUUCAAACACUCCAAAAUAUGGUUUAAUAUAUCACUCUUCGUUUAUUGGGCGUGCUGUUUUUACGAAUAAGGGACGUAUAUCCCGGUUCCUGGCAAAUAAAUGUUCUAUUGCAUCGCGUAUCGAUUGCUUUCUUGAACAACCAACAUCGGUAUUUGGCGAAAGUCUGAAAGCACAAGUUGAAGAACGACUUAAGUUUUAUGAAACUGGUGAAAUUCCCCGAAAAAAUAUUGAUGUUAUGAAGGAAGCCAUACAGAGUGCUACUGGAACAGCUAUUACCGACGAAGCCACCAUCGAAGAUGCACAAACUCUGAAAAAGAAAAACAAAAAGAGGAAACGUAACCACGCAGAGGAAGAAGAAGAAGGAAACGAUGUCAGUGGUACAGUUGCUAAAGAGAGAUCUAGUGAUAAUCAUUUAAAGAAUAUGUAAAAUUAUA